AGCCCCAAAUACGAAUCUCCUGAAAUCCACCCGAACCAUCAAUACGAGUAUCCUUCUCUCGGUGCGACAGGAAAGAAAGAUGUCGGUGUGAAGGACGGCGAGUAUUUUCCACUUAGAAGGCCGCUAUUUAAAGAUAAUGAAGAUGAUCUGUCCGGUUAUACAUCUCUUUUAAAACUGAAUAGUUCACAAGGUCACAAGGAAGCAACGUGAUUGUCUACAGUGCGUAUUUAUAAGCAACUACCUUUUUUAAGGAUUUUCAUAAUUAAUUUUAAACAUCGUUAAGUAAUUAAUGAGCAUGCAAUAACAUUUUUCAACCUAUAAAAAGUCUUUUAUGAAGUUAUUAAAGCAGCAUUGGUAUUAAAGGUACAGCUGCAUGCUUACAUGAGCCCGGUUACCUCAAACUAAACGAACAGUGAUUGAAAGUCUUCAUGAAACAAAACAAGUUCUUGCUACUGUUGGGAUGAUUACACCACUACCAGGAUGAUGCUCAACUUCGUUUCCAGGUUAUGCAUUCUGCUCAAAUGUGGGCAAAAUGGAAACCGUGGGAACAAUUAAGAUGGGAUCAUGUUAUAUGCAUUUAAAUACUUCAAAAUCAAAAUCGGGGCCAAUUAAACGGGAACAUGCUCCACAGUUCAUUGUCUGAUGAAAAUCUUAUAACUGUAUGAGUGCGGCAUAUUUUUGAGAUCUAUAUAUUUCGGUUCUCACUUCUCAGUAGUUGAGAUAUUCUUUACAUCCUAUCACAUUGGCAACCUUGUCUUGUGGGAUCCUUUACUUCAACAAAACGAUAGUUAGCUACAGCAUGAAAAUAGUGAACAAAGUCUGAUAUAAAGAUAAUGAUAGCGUAGUACUGAUAGUAGACCUUAAACCAUUUAUAGAAACCAGUUGAUGAUAGUUCGCUAGUAAAAUAUUAAGUGCCACAAGAUAUAAAGUGCCACAAAAUCAUAAAUACGUUGGCUUUAGUUGAUUUUCUGCCCAUAUAUAAGUCAACUGAGAAGUGAAUAUAGACCAGUUCAGCUGGCAUGCAAAUUAAACCAUUUCAGAUGUGGUGACCAUGGAAUAGCCAGUAAAAUUUAACCAUUUCGAACCAUGUGAUUUGAAUUAAAUGGGUUAAUUUGCAUACAAGCUGAAAAGGUCUAUUAGAUGCGACCAAAUUGGAUCAUCUAAAAAAACCUUUACAUCGCACCACAUGCGUAAAAUAAACUGUAUUUCGUUUUGAACAUUGCGUUAUAAAUCUUAAUUAGCUGCAUACAUGAGAAAACUACAACAUCCAUUGGAGGGACUCUCUAUUCCCCCAAUAACAAAUAUUUUAUGCUUUAGUACUCUGUACCUAUCACCUUUGUUAGUAUAUUUGCCACCGACUGUAACCAGCAAAAAGCAAAACAACUGUCAUGCAGAAACUUGUAAACAUAGAAAUCGAUAUAUUCAUACAAAUGACUCAUGUUUGCCACGGUUCUCGCAAAAGCCUUCAGACUUUAUAGAGAAUUAAGCGUCCUCACUUGAUCGUGGGAUUAGAUUCAAACACGAUGAAACGUUCUGAAAUAACUCCGAUACUGCUCGAGCUGGCGAGAAAUUAGGAACAAGAGGAAGGCCGACUAGAAGUAAAAAAAAUUCCGGAAAUACCAACCACAAGGUCAAGGGACACAACGGGGUAGAGGGGACAAUCGAGGCACAACGCGAGGAUCAACGAGGGGACGUGAUAACAGAGGGAUGUCACAUACUCAGGGAAGAGGGUAUAACGUGGGUUCGUAUCCAAACCAGCCUGGCCAAGGAGGGCACUCAACAUAUAACGAAUCGUUUAGUAAUUUCGCAUACAAUUCAAGGAAUGUUGGCCUAGACUAUGGCGUAAACUAUCCACAAAGCUAUGAGACUGAACAGAUCCACCAUGGUGGUAGUUCCUCUUAUCAUAGAGGUGGUGGACAGCCAUAUUCUGCUCAACCACACCCCGGUGGUCAAGUCUACCCCAUGGCAAAUACCAACAGGGCACCGAAAACCUUGGACACUCGUAAAGAACACCUUAAGUCCGAAAUCACUGCUAAUUUAGCGGCCGCCCUUGGCGAUUUGACAAAACUAGUUCACGACGAGGAAGAUGCCUCAGUUGCUCUCCACGUUUCAAAUGCUUUGACAGAAUCGUUACUAAAGUAUAGAAUGAGUGGAUUACAAUGAAUUGUCCAUCAUAUGACUGCUACAGGAAUCCAUUUCGAAACCAAAGCUCAGACAUACCCUUGUGUCCCAGCUAUGAGUCCAGGUGUGGGACAAAUGUACAAUAUGUACUUGCUAUAGUAUACUUUGAAAAGUCGCCAAAUGAAUACUCAGCCUAUCGCAGGCUGGAAAUAAUUCCAAUGGUAUUAAACAGGGGCGUAGGAAUGUGUACAAGAUUGGGGGGGGGUCAACGAGACGUUUUUGAGAAGUACAGCUGAAUAUAAUAAUAAUAAUUUAAUUACUUAUUAUGCGCCUGUUACAUAAAAAGAUGCCCACAGGUGCAAAUGUUAAAAAAAACGCAAAACAAAAACAAGUGGAGUACUUGCACCAGUGUAUUGAUUCUAUAUAAGUGUCUUAAGAGUUAAGACAGACAUUUAUUUAUCGACAGAGUCUUAUGGUCAGAAUCGUCAGAAAUGACAAUCGUCUCUUAUUGU